CCAUUUUGAUCCGUACACCGAAAACCAAUCCUGUAUCCACAGUUUUCUCCUUCUCUCUCUACAAAUACCCUCUCUCUCUCCCACAUUUCUCUUCCAUUUCUCUCUCUCACACACAAUUUUCUCUCCCACCACCAAAACCCAACCCAAUCGCCAACCAUGGCCAGUUUCAUCUCGAAAUCCAAAACCCUCUUCACCAAUCCAUCAAACUUCACCACCAUCCGUCACCGUUCAUCACGCGCCACAGGAAAACUCUACGAAAUCGACACAUCAUCAUCAUCAUCAUCACAAUCAUUAUCAUCAGAGGGUGAACACGAGAUGACACUGAAGCUGUUCGACGAUUUGAUUCAUAGAAUUCUCGUCAAAAAAGCUACACCUGAUUGGUUACCUUUUGUUCCUGGAUCUUCUUUUUGGGUCCCACCUAGGCCUACUCCUUCGAAUGUUGUUCAUCUUGUUCAUAAAUUAACGGAUGAUGAACGUCAAUCGCCUUUUGAGAAUGAUGAAUCUCUUUCUAUCUCUUCUCUUCGUGGCUGGCCUUCGUCUAAUUACUUCAUUAAAGGGACUGUUCAUGGUGGGGAUAGUGGUGUGGAGUUGAAAAUCCCAGAAGGGAUAGAGGGACCGGUGAAAGUGAAGGUUCUGACGUUUCCAGAAAAUUUAGCUCAUUCCGAAGAUGAGGAUGAACCAUAACUUAGCUCAGCCAGUUGCUGUGCCUAAGCUCGAUGAGAAGUCCAAAAAAUGCGAGGAAACAAAAAACUAAGCUGUUUGGAGUUUGAGAAGGGCGAUGGAAGCAAAUGGAAGUUCGUGCAGAUGCAGCACUGGUGAUAGUUCUGGAAUUAACCUUCUCACACUACUUGGUCUCAACUUUGAUCUGUUUAAUCAGUAGAUGUUGAAUAUUUGCAAUGUUGUUAUUAUGUAGAAUCCUUGUAGGGUGAAAUGUAUGUAUUUAUCAAACUAAUAAUGCUUAAACUUAUCGAGCAGCCCUCAGAACUAGCAGGCACAUGCUCAGUUUAGUGCAUAUAUUAUAUUGUAAAUAUAUCUAUUACUAAUAAACAUUUCAUUUGGUUACUUACUCA